AUGAUUGAAAAAAGGGAAGAAGAAAACGAGGAAAGGGAAAAGGAGGAGAUUUUAACGAAAUUGGAUGUCAUCGGAAACGGCGGAUGGUUCCUGUGGAAAAUUUUCUUCCUCUGCACGAUACCCUCGAUAUUCAACGGACUUCAUUUAACGAGUUACAUAUACCUGGCAGAAGUACCCGUUCACUGGUGUCACGUGACGGAACUAUCGGAAUCUAAUUGGACGGAUGAACAAAUAAGAAUGAUAUCGAGUCCCGUCGGAAGCAACGAAAGUUCUUGCGAAUAUUACAAUUGGGAUUACGAAAUGAUUUCGAAAAUGAACGUGUCGGAAGCAUUGGAAGAAUACGGCGGGGAAAAUUCAAACCGAGAAAAACCCGAAUUGAUACCUUGUUCGAGGUACGAUUAUGAAAAAGGAUUGAGUUCAAUGGUCAUUGACCACGAUUUGGUGUGCGAGAGAACGGCUCUAAAAUCCAUGAUACAAGUGAGUUUGUCACUCGGAAAAUUCACCGGAGCUUUUCUAUUCGGCGUCCUAUCCGACAAAUACGGGCGGAAGUUGAGCUUUUUACUCGGUUGCCUCAUUUACGUCGUGAGCGGUCCGUUGGUCGCUUUCGCCGGAAAUUAUUCCAUGAUCGUAGCCGGAAGAAUCGGAUUGGGAGCGGCUUGUUCGGGAAUAUACAAUUCCGCUUUCGUCAUACUGUCGGAAAUAGCGAGUAAAAAAAAGAGAGCCGCUUUGGGUAUACUCUACAACAUGAGUUAUCCUCUCGGACAAAUGAUAAUACCCCUCAUUGCGUUUUUCUUCAGGGAUUGGAGAACUUUGCAAUUGAUCAUUUCCGUUCCAUCGAUAUUGAUUUUCGCGUUUUACUGGAUGUUGCCGGAAUCUCCCAGAUGGCUCUUGUUGAAAAAUCGAAAAGAGGAAGCAUCGCUCAUGAUUGAGAAAAUCUAUUCGAAUCAAGUGAAAAAUGAUGACGACAAAGGACGUUCCGAUGAAACCGGAAACGAGACGAAAGACGAAGCAGAAGACGAUAAGGGAAAAUAUUGGAAAAACGUUUGUUCGACACUGAAUCAACUCGUACAACUUUUGAAAUAUUUCGAAUUGAGGAGUCGUUUGUUCAUUAUAUUGACAUCCUGGUGCAUUUGCAGUUUGUCCUACUACGCACUCGCACUCAACGUGGAUAAUUUUCUCACGAAUCGUUACGUUUACGGUUUCGUUACUGGAUUGGUGGAAAUUCCGAGUUACGUACUUCCGCUUCCGCUUUUGAAAUUUUUCGGAAGGCGUCAAACGUCCAUAGCGUUGUUUUAUCUGGGUGACGUCGUUUUACUUUUCGUCGCAUCCGUCGGACGUUUAUGCGCUUCCGCCGUUUUUGCCGUCGUCAUUUUACACACGACAGAAUUGUUUCCGACAUUGUUGAGAAAUACGGCCAUAGGAUGUUGUUCGACGGCCGCACACAUCGGAUCCAUGAGCGCUCCUUUGAUCGUCGACAUUUUGGGCGCUUACGCUUGGUUCAUUCCGAGCACACUUUGCGGAAUCGUUACUCUCCUAGCCGGAACUAUGAUUUUCCUUCUUCCCGAAACUAAAAACAAACCACUUCCGGAAACGGUUGAGGACGUCGUCAAAGCACCGAAAAGUGACAGGAUUGGAUUUCAUCAAAUUUGUCCGUCGGAUUUGCGACACUGA